AUGGUGGAAUGGCGAGAUCAAAAUCCUCCUCCGGCUACAAUGAUGAUCAUAUCAAAUCAGGUGGGAAGUCAAUUCUCCUGGGAUCUGGUCCGGCUACAACAACGGACGCUAUACAACCUUUUUCUGGCUUAUUCAGUUAGGCCAGUAUUUAGUAUUGUCCUCUCCACAAGUCAAGAGUGGCGCUGGAAAGAAUUGCUACAAAAUAAACGAAGCGCACCGCUUGUUGUUGUUCAGGGCGCCAAGUUGUAUUGUAAGUCGUGCAAUUACGGUAGCCAACGCCUGAAGAAAUUCAGGAAGCAUCUCUCGAGUUAUAAUCAUGCACGGGAAGAGGGUGUAACCACUGUGUACACGAACGUCGAACGUGUAACGGCGGAUUGGGGAAGAAACUACAAGGCGACGCCUGAAUUUGCGACAGCUAAAAUACAGGUGUGGUGGGACAUGUUUGACUGUCCGAUACCCCAAGGUUAUGAUGCUCGUCAGGUCCGUCCGAGUAUAGAAGCGGCAUUCAAGGAACUAGGUUACUCUGGUCCUGUCUCCAUCACUGCCUAUGGCGACCAUAAACAUACUCCCCUACAAGCUCUCUCUUCCACUGGUGUCCAUGUUGCACAUGCCGUUCCCGGUGUCGAAUACAAGCGCAUGGCUGGAGAUGUGAGGGAAUGGCAUGCUGAUAAUCCUCCUCAAACAGCUGCUAUAAUGAUGGUCAUAUCGGAUAAUGUGGACAUCAUUUCAAUUGGUCUUGUCAAGCUACUACAAGAGAAUAAAUACAACCUUUUUCUGGCUUAUUCGUUUAGGCCUUACCAAAUGUCAUACCUGCUCACUUCUGCAGAGUGGCUCUGGGAAAGCUUACUUGCAGGUCCUCUCACGAAGCACAGUCUUCUCAGUGAAAGUGAAAGCAGUGUAUCUACCGCAAUGUUUCAUUGCAAAUUGUGCCGCUUUGAUACCAUAAGCAUUGAUAAUUUCAGGGCACAUCUCUUAAGUGAUGAAAAACAUGCGCAAGAAGUAAACUCUGAUAUGAUUACCGAAAUAAAGCCCGAGUCUGGAGAGUAUAGAAGAACAUUGAAUCUGUCAUAUGACCGACAGGCUUUUCACUACAACAGCCUUGUUAAGGCAAGCAAGAAGACUACUCUUCUUUUACAAAAAAAAGAGAAGACUACUCUUCAGCAAGCUGCGCAAGGUAAAACAGCUGUGUACUGGGAUUAUGAGAACGUGCCAGUCCCAUACGACUUCCCUGCGGAAACGUUUACCAGCACAUCAUGA